AUGUCUAGCGGCAGCGGCGGUCCAUCUCACCCCGGCGUGACGCUCAGCAACCGUGAAGCGGUGGUGCUGCUGUUGAGCACUGGGACGGCAACAUCGGCGCUGUCGCUGAUCCGUAUCGCCGAGGAGCUGCUGAUGCAACACCGCUCUUCAGCUUCGGCAUCGACGUCAUCGCGUCAUUCAUCGCGUGCGGAGAUGUCAUUCGAUGCCGCGGUGUUUUACUUUGUGCACGUGUUUCUCCGAACGUGUCCCGUGCCCCCGGGAGACGUUCCGCAGAUAUUGAACGCGUUGCUCGAUCUCGUCGCAACGCAUUUGUCCUGCGGCACGCCGUCGACACUCUCGUUGCCCUUCAUUUUGCAAGUCCUCUCUGGUGCGUUGCCGCUGAAUGCUCUUGCGUCGUCAUCGUCGCCCAAUGGUAGGGAGGGUGGGGCCGCAGUGGAGUGGGGCAAGGACAAACGGUACUCGCUUGCCAUCUGUAAAACACUGGAGUGGUACAGCAGCACAGUUUCGCACACUUCCACCGAGCUGGACGUGCUGCUCUUCUUGCUAAGGGUAGUUUCGUCGACACUUCCAGCGUUGGCGUGUAGCACGCUGUCGGAUCAGGACCGGAUUGCGAGUGCCGCGCUGUGUUUCUACAGGCGGUCCCUCCUUCCGACAAUCCAGUUUGGCAUUGAGUCGCCGAUGGAGGCGGACGUGCACGCCCGCACCCCGCUUGUGAAGGCAGCGCUCUUUGCGACACAGACGAUGGUGAAUCUUAGCGACAUCGUCUCGCGGCGUCUUCGGCAGGAGUUUCUCGAUAUUCUCUUCACGUGUGACUUCUUUCGUUUCCCACAGAGUGUGCUGCACGAGUGGAGUCUUGUGUUUGAGCGGCUGUCGCAGGACCGGACGUUUCACGCGGACGCUGUGCAGUUCUUCACUCCGUCGUCCUCGCCUACCAGCCGCAUUGUUGCACUGGUGCACUCUGCAGAGGAGGAGGAGCGGCAGCGCGUGCGGCAUCUUAAGCGUCUUGUCUUUUACACCACGUCUGUGUCGCCGUCGCUGCUCAUGACAGACCGGGAGUUCUGUUUGCUGCUGCGGGGGCGCAUUGCCGACACAUUCCGCUCCUUCUUCCCCACCGCGUCGGGAAGUGGCGCUGGCCGGCGGCCGCCCAGCUACCUCCCUGUGCGCCACGCACUCGUCCUGUUCCGUGUGCUGCUGACGAAACUCGACCCCGCGCUGCUGCACCAUUUCUGGCCGCUCGUCCUGCCGGAGGUGGCGCGGGUUCUGACCGCCACGCCGUGGAAAGGCGUGAAUGACGGGGAAGAGCUGCUGGCGCUUCGGAUCGAUUGCCUCAAACUUCUCGACUUCGCCCUGGUGAUAAUGCCAGAGGCGUUUUCCCCCUUUCGAUGGGUGUUUUUCGACGAUAUGGAUGCCUGCACAACUCCCACCGCUUGCACGGAGAACACCUUUACGCCAAUUGUCCGACGUUUCGGUCCCGCCGCGCUGCCGCUGCACGAUGUGUGUGCGUCUGCCACUUCUGCGCUUGUCACCGACUGGACGGGGUACCAGCGGCCGCUGCUGCGCCUGCCGACGCUCAGCUACUGCAGUCUGCGGCGGUUUCACACCUGUGCCAAGACGCUGUCGCUCUUUUCCCAAACCAUUGGUGCUGUGGCUGGUGGUGGAGGGCAAGAUCAACACGAGUCGGUGGUGCACCUGCGGCUUCUGGACGGCUGGGACGAAGCGUACGUACGGUCGAUUCUCGAGGCGGACUUGUCGUGCGUGCUGGAGAAGCUAACACUGUCUUCUUCUCCGCUGUAG